AUGGAUCCACCUGCCCACGGUCACCAGAGGCCUGAGUUUGUACAAAGCCGUGAAGGGUUUAUCAAGGACACCGUUCAGAGAUAUCUGGCAAAGCUCAUUGAAGCCAAAGGAGAUCAGGAAAGCGUGGACCUGGUUGAGAACUUCGCUCUUCCUAUCCCUUCUCAUUGGGAUCUUCUAGAAUACUCUGAUCGUCUACUGGAUCAAAAGAUUGCCAACCCCGGCGAUGACUUGAUCAGUUCUCUGGCCAAGGAGCAGCUGGAGCGAGGCAACUUGGAGAGACAGGACGUUGUUCAGCUGUCUUUCUUGAUCUUAGUUGCUGGUAAUCUGACUAUGAUCAACAUGAUAUCUCUUGGUGUCAUCACCUUACUUGAUAACCCUAAUCAACGCUCGUGUCUGAUCAACGAUCCUUCGCUAGCAAAAGCGUUUGUUGAAGAGCUGUGCCGCUACCAUACCGCAUCUUCCUUCGCCACUCGCCGUGUAGCAACGGUAGAUAUUGAGCUUGGUGGCAAUAUCGUCAGAGCGGGUGAAGGCAUCAUAGCUUCUAAUCAAGCUGCUAAUCGUGAUCCAACCGUGUUCCCUGACCCCGACACCUUUAAUAUGUUCCGUGAACGUGGCACUGAGCAAGCUCUUGGCUUUGGUUGGGGCGACCACCGUUGCAUUGCAGAGGGACUUGCUCGAACUGAGCUUGAGACGGUUUUCUUAAGCAGUAUUGACAAGCUGUUCUGCCUUACAGCUACGCUCUUCCAGACCCUUCCGAACCUCAAAUUAGCGGUUCCUAAAUCGGAAAUCAAGUGGACACCUGCUCGCAAGGACGUGGGCGUUAUCGAGCUUCCUGUAACCUGGUAG